CCCACCCCCCAAACAAUGAGUAUCUUCUUGAAGGGGAAACAAUGCCACAUGUCCCAACACGGCUCAGAUAACUAGACGGUGGUCUUCACACACAAACAACGCCACAUUUCCCUUAAGUAUUUGUCUCCGGCACAGACGAGGACGGCGCACUUCUGCUUUUUUUUUUAAAGAGUAUUAAGGAAAAAAGAGAAAGAAACAUGACGACGCGCGCACUCGUGGACGCGCGUUAAGCUUGAACCUUGAAGUGAGUUAAUCCGUUAUAUAGCACGUCUUUAGGCAAGCAUGGCGGUUCUUGUCAAUAGACGAGCUAACUUUAUCCGUUUCUAAUGCAUGUUCUUUUCCGAACUACUCGUCUUGCUCCUUGUCCGUUUAGGCUGAAGAAGGAACCCCCGGGUGGACAUUGGUCGGACUCUGCUUUUUGUUCCGCCUGAAAUUAAUGUCAUUUUCCGGCUGGAUCUUCGCGGCUGACGACUUCGAGGAGGAUUUGCAUCGAUUUUGGAUGAAAGCAGCGAGAACAAAAGAACACCGAACAUUCUGGACUGCUCAUUUGGUGUGACACGGGCUAAGCUCGUUAUAAAAACGCUAACUGUGCGGUAAAUGUCGACAAAGUAAACAGUUGGGAUACAUGCCGCUAAUAACUGUCUACAAACACGACUAUCGAUUCAUUCGACCCGUUUUGACAUACUAGCGGAUUUUGACGAUGUCAUUCUUUAACUUCCGGAAAAUAUUUAAAUUGGGGUCUGAGAAGAAAAAGAAACAAUACGAGCACGUUCGUAGAGAUGAAAACCCCGAGGAAAUAUGGAACAUUAUCGGCGAGCUGGGAGAUGGAGCCUUCGGGAAAGUGUUUAAGGCUCAGAACAAACUUACUGGUGUCCUAGCUGCUGCCAAAGUAAUUGACACAAAGACUGAGGAGGAGUUGGAGGACUACAUGGUGGAGAUUGACAUACUGGCCUCAUGUGACCAUCCAAACAUCGUCAAGCUGCUUGAUGCUUUCUAUUAUGAGGGCAAACUCUGGAUUCUCAUUGAGUUUUGUGGAGGAGGUGCUGUGGACGCGAUCAUGUUAGAACUGGAGCGACCGCUGACAGAACCUCAGAUCAAGGUGGUGUGCCGGCAGACUCUGCAGGCUCUCGUCUACCUUCAUGACAGUAAAAUCAUCCACAGAGACCUGAAGGCUGGCAACAUCCUGCUCACUCUAAAUGGUGAUGUUAAACUGGCUGACUUUGGUGUGUCGGCCAGAAACAUCAAAACAUUGCAAAGGAGAGACUCCUUCAUUGGAACACCAUACUGGAUGGCACCAGAGGUUGUUAUGUGCGAGACAUCUAAGGAUCGGCCAUAUGACUACAAAGCUGACAUUUGGUCACUUGGGGUCACCCUGAUCGAGAUGGCACAGAUUGAGCCACCCAACCAUGAGAUGAAUCCCAUGAGAGUCCUUCUGAAAAUAGCCAAGGCAGAACCGCCAACGCUGAUGCAGCCAUCCCGCUGGACUCCAGAAUUCAAUGAUUUCCUAAAGCGAUGUGUGGACAAAAACGUAGACAGCAGGUGGAGUGCAACACAACUUCUGCAGCAUUCAUUUGUGUCCAGUGUGACGGACAGCAAGCCUCUGAGGGAAAUUAUAGCUGAGGCCAAGGCUGAGGUUACAGAGGAGAUUGAAGAGCACAAAGAAGAAGAGGAGGAAGAAGAAACUGAAGUAAAUAUGGGUCAUAAACGUGCUCCAUCUGAUGUCAGCGUUGCCAGUUCUGAGGACGAGAAGAUUCCUCUCUCUCCCACCAUUUUGGAAUCCGUCCCUGAGAAGGGUGAGCCACCUUUCCUAGUGGAUAAGCACGCGUUGGUCACCAGCUUUGUGGAGGAGGCCGCCACCACUGAAGCCAAGGAUCAAACAGAGGAGAUUCCAGCUAAGAACGAGGAAAAGCAACGCAUGCCAAUUGAAGAAAAUAAAGAGGUCGAACCAGACGAGGACUUGUCAUCCCCACCUGUGAAGGAAAUGGCACAGAUAGGGAUGGCUUCUGAAGAUGAAAAGGAAGUCGACACUGCAAAGGAGGAUACUCAAGAGCAAAACAUGGUUUCAAAUACACAAGCAGAGGAGGACGCACACAGACAUCUUAACGUGACUUUGACAAGUCAGGAUGAAGUCUUAAAAGAGGAUGCUGGCGAGAAGCCGACAGAAAAGGAAACAAUUAAUGUAGAAAAGGAGACAAUUAAUGUAGAAAAGGAGAAAACUCUUUCAGACAAGGCUAAAGAUGACAAAGAAAGAGAUUCAGACUCUGGAAUCAGCUCAGUUGCAGGAAACAGCAGUGUGGACCUCAAUCUGUCAAUCUCAAGUUUUCUUUCCAAAACAAAAGAACCUGGAUCAGUUUCUAUUCAAGAGACCAGGCGUCAAAAGAAGACGUUGAAAAAGACACGCAAAUUUGUUGUGGAUGGCGUGGAAGUCAGUGUGACUACAUCAAAAAUCAUUACCGACCAUGACACUAAGAACGAGGAGAUGAGAUUCCUGAGACGCCAGGAGCUAAGGGAGUUGCGUCUCCUACAGAAGGAGGAGCAAAGGGCCCAGCAGCAGCUCAGCAACAAGCUGCAGCAGCAGAAGGAGCAGAUUUACCGCCGCUUUGAGCAGGAGACCACUAGUAGGAAGCGUCAGUACGACCAGGAGUUGGAGAACCUGGAGAAGCAGCAGAAGCAGACCAUUGAGAGACUGGAGCAGGAACACACCAAUCGACUGAGGGAUGAGGCCAAACGCAUCAAAGCUGAGCAGGACAAAGAGUUGUCCAAGUAUCAGAACAUGCUGAAAAACCGUAAAAAAGAGGGAGUGGCCCAGGUUAUGACUCAAUCCUUUCAGUUGUCCUCCUGUACUCUGUGCAACGCUCCAAUACAGGAUGAGCAAGAGUUUCUUCAGAAGCAGCAACAGGAUCUGGACUGCGCUCUGAAGAAAAUUAUCCAGCAGCACAAACAUGAGCUGGCCACCAUUGAGAGAGACUGCCUGAACCACAAGCAGCAGCUUCUUCGAGCAAGAGAGGCAGCCAUGUGGGAGCUGGAGGAGCGCCAUCUGCAGGAGAAGCACCAGCUGUUCAAGCAGCAGCUCAAGGACCAGUACUUCAUGCAAAGACAUCAGCUGCUAAAAAGACAUGAGAAGGAAAUGGAGCAAAUGCAGCGCUACAACCAGCGACUGGUUGAAGAGAUGAAGAACAAGCAGACCCAGGAGAGAGCUCGACUGCCAAAGAUCCAACGCAGUGACGCCAAGACCCGCAUGGCCAUGUUCAAGAAGAGUCUUCGCAUAACCGGAGCGGCCAUCACCCCCGAGCAGGAGAGGGAAAAGAUCAAACAGUUUGCUUUUCAAGAAGAGAAGCGACAGAAGAACGAAAGACUCCACCAGCAUCAAAAGCAUGAAAACCAGAUGCGGGACUUACAGCUACAGUGUGACGCCAACGUCAGAGAGCUUCAGCAAUUGCAAAAUGAGAAAUGUCAUCUUCUGAUCGAACAUGAGACCCAGAAGCUAAAGGAGCUCGAUGAGGAGCACAGCCUAGAGCUGAAAGAGUGGAGAGAGAAGCUGCGACCCAGGAAAAAGGCCCUGGAGGAGGAAUUCGCCAGGAAGUUGCAGGAACAAGAAGUGUUUUUUAAGAUGAGCGGGGAGUCCGAGUGCCUUAACCCAUCUGCACAGAGUCGCAUUUCCAAGUUCUACCCGAUCCCCAGCGUCCAGUCCACAGGAUUCUAAGGCCAACCGUCAGGUGUCCCCACAGUUGACUGUGCCUUCCACUUUGCCUCCAACGUGGAGGAUGGACGAGGAUUUCAUCUCUCUGGUAUUUCUUUGCAGCUUUGAUUGAACACUAAAGUCUAGCAGACAGUCCAGCUUGUAGGAUUUUCAAAUCAGUUUUGGUAAAUAAUUGCUGCUUUAGACCACGCUAAUGUCAUCGGAUCACAACUAAUUAUUGUAACAUCAAUUAGGUCAAAUUUAGGAACAUAUUCAUUUUAGGGUAAAUUAUACACUUCUCAAAGUAUCAGUCCAUGGCUAAAUUAGGGCCCUUAGCAGAAUUUAGUUUUGAGGACCUACCUCCCGCCCCCAUUACAAUAUUUUUUUAUUAAUGUGAAACUUUUUUUUAUACUUUUUUAAUCAAACUUGAAUUUGAUGCAUCUUUUGUACUGGAAUACAAUUUUUUUUAGUGCAAUUUUCGGGGAAGUUUGCCAUUAUGUUCUUUUCAUUGACGGAGCAGGAAGGGGCUAAGAAUACAUAAGUUUAUGGUGAAACUUCAUUAUUAAUUAAUUGAAAUUUUACAUGCCCCUCUUCACGCAAGUAGGGGGCCCUAAGCACAAUCUGCGUAAUAUGGGAGAGGCGGCCUUGAUUACAUGUCAGAUUCCAUUCUUUUUCGUGAUGGUCAACAGCGAAAGUGUGAAAACCGGGUGGACAGAAUAGUGAAAGAACAAAUAUGGAUAGUAAAUACAACUGUGUUUUACAAACAGACCAGUUUUAUUCACCAUUGAAGCAGUCAGCAUUUUCCCAACUUUCAGCUAUGAAUAAGAAUCCUUAACGUCGUUAAUCAUUUUCCUAUAUGACAUUUGGUGUACAUUACCAGAACUUUCAACUUAUUUUCUUUUUGAUUAAUCCGCAAAUGAAGCAUUUAGCGAGCAGGAAACUGGCAUGCAAGCUCACAGCCUUUAUACUUGAUUGAUUUGCAAUCUCUGAACAUUUCAAUUUAAAAUCUGCCAAGAAAUUGGAAGUAUUAAAUUAAAUUAACGUGGGCCUGACUGGUUUAGGCUGUCUUGAUUAAUCAUCCGAUGUAUUGCUAUUUGGCUAUAAAGUGUUACUGAAGCUAUUUAUUAGUUAUGCACAAAAACAAAAUGGAGUGCUGUGCACCUCACAUACAGUAUUUCUAUGUACUGCGCUUGCUCCUCUUAUUGUGCAUCAAAACGUUCAUUGAAAAAAAUUAUGAUUGCAUUCUGAAUGUCAACCUGGUAAUCUGGAUCAAAAUCAUGGUGCAUUUUUUUUUUAAAUGCGUAGUUUUAGAUAACCUGUUGUGUAGAUUUUUUUUUUCCCUGUAAAUAAACAGUUUUGUCUGUCAUAAA